AGAAGCUAGAGUGCAAACAAUUAAAAAAAAAUAAGCCUGUACAUGGAAUUAGAUUUAUUUCAAAAAUGUCGCAAAUUUUAGUAGAUGAGGAAACAUUAGAAACGCUAACCUAUGAGCGUUCGAAAAUUUGGUCCAACUUUCUUAAGAGUUGUGAGGAACACGAAGACAGCGAAGAAAUUGAUAUCAGUCAAAUCGAGGAUCUAUAUAAAAAUCAGGACGAGGAAAGUAUAGGCGUUAUUGAAGAGGCGGAAGAAGACGAUGUGGCGAACGAUAUAAACAAUACAACGGCCUGUAUGAGCAAGGCCGAACUUACUCUGAUGCUUUGCAGCGGUGAUAACAAAGAGAUUCUAAAUCAAACGCUGCCCAUUGUUGAGGAGCAUGUGCGCAAAUGGAAGGCGGCUGGCUUGGAUCGCAUACUGAACACUUUUGAUGCGCAGAAGAUCGAGCAGCAUGUGGGCGACUGGUUGCGUCGCCACAACAGUGCCUACGGCGAUAAGACAUUGCUGCAAAUGUCUCCAGCAAAGACGUGCCACAAACGCUACAAAAAUCAUAUCUACUCGCCGGAUGUGAGCAAUGAAAGCGAAAAUGAAUCGAUGCACUCUGUGGACACAGCCCGCUACAUACGCGCCAGUCGCAAGCGCACCGUGUCCACUGCCACCAAAUGCAGCAGUCCCAUGACAACAAUCAAAAUGUAUCGCACGGUGCCACGCAAGCGCGACGAGUUGCGUGCCAAGUACGGCUGUGAUGAGUACAAUGAGGAGCAGGAGCAUCGUCAUCACAUGCAGGCACUUCGUCAUCGUCGGGACCAGAUGCAUAGGCGCAAUCGUGAGCGCGAACUGAUUUACCAUACGAGUCCAAGGCAUUAUCCGUAUAGUGUGGCUGCCAGCUUUCAUGGCCAGCAGCGCCGCAAGCAGCUGCGCAAGCGACGCGACAGCUCUCCACUUUUUCCAUCAUCAUCCUCCAGCGAAGAUGAGCGUGGGCAUACCCGCUGCGACUGCAGUGCAUGCGUGAGGCGGGCCUUUUCCAAAACGACCCACCCAUAUUGUGCCUAUCGCAGCUAUCACAGUCACAGCCACAGCCUGUAUCAUCAUCAGCGACUUGAAUUGGGCUCGCGCAGCAUAUUCAAGCGCAGCGUGCAUCAGUUACGGCGUCAACAUGCCUUUGAAGAGGACUUGCGGCCGCGUUUGUUGGAGAGCGAUUGUAACUGUUGCAACAAAGAUCGACUCUGCUCAAAUGUGGUGCACAUUGCCAAUAGCUCAACAGAAGAAUGGCUGGUGGAGAAUAAAAGCAGUCCCGACCCAGUGCAGCCGAGCACACCCAGAUGCCGAACGCAGGCCUCGACAAGUCGUUCCAAGACAUUAAAGCAAACGCCGCAGCCAAAAGUACAAGCGAAGAAUAACCAGAUUUGUUUAAUUGACGAAGAAUCGGAAGAAGACACAGAGGAGGAAAAGUUGAUGAAAAAGACAGCCCCCAAAUUGCAGCAACUGCCCGAAGCAGAGCCUAAGAAAAAAGCAUCAGUUAAAUUCUUAAAUUUGGAAGAGGCAGCCCCCAUACCAACUCCCAAAGCUGCAUCUGUGAAAUCCACCUCUGUGCCAAUGCCAAAGCUUGAACCGAACAAAAAAGAGCUGACAAGCACAACUAGUUUGUCGGAGAUGAGCAAAGAAUCCAUUAAAACUGACAGCAGUGUCGAUAAGGAACCAUUUGCUAAACCUGACAAGUCCAAAGCGUCUAGCCACAAAAAGCAGCCACCUAAAUCUGCAAAAAAAGUGACUGCAGCUGAAAACAAUGCCAAGAGUAAAGCGAAACGCACGGACAACACUUCCGGAGAAAAAAUUGAAAGCACCACAAAGUCAAAGCUUAAGAAAACCAAGCAAGUGUCAAAUGAAACAAAUGAUCCCGAAUUAGAUCUCAAGCGUGCGCUAGCGCUUUCGAAGCAAACAUAUUUGGAGGAGUGCAAAAAACUGAGGCAACAAGCGGAGCCAAAAGAAGAAGUUGAAGCCGCAGCAUCGCCACAGCUGCCGGAGCAAUCGAGCUUUAACAACCAAAGCGUGGCAUGCAACUCGACGGCUAUGUCCAAUGAUACGGCUUGCGCACGUGUCCUGAAAAAAUCGGCCAAGAAGCCAAUUAAACAUGCAGCCAGCACAUCACAAGCGGUGGUUGAUCUUUGUACCUCCGAUUUCGCUUCUGCAUUUGACACUUGCCGGAACCAGACAGAUGGUGAUGCCGACUGUACUGUGGUAACAUCUACAACUAACUGCGAGCCACCUGCAACCGUCACCAAGACAGCAGCUGUGGUCCCACGUCCAAAUAUUAAGUUAACAAAAAAAGGAAUUUUACUGUAUGCGCCGGCCGAUCGGGCGCAGAGCUGCAGCUCAAGCAACUUUACGCUCACCGAGCACAGCCUCAGCCCCAUCAUUGGACAACGAAAAGCGAGCAAGUUUCUUAAGUAUCACGUGGGCAGCCGCAGCUUUGACAGUCGCUACUCGAUUUAUUAUCGUCCCACGGCGAAGAUGACGGCUAUGUUGUGCUCCGAUGCCAAGUCUGUGGAUUAUGAGUCUUCCAGUUCCAGUAGCAGCGAUGACGACAUCUUUGAUCGUGUUCAGCGUUACGGAGAGGUCUACUCUGUGCUGGAGUAAAGCAACGAAGGCGAUUGAUUCGCCCAAUUGUUGGUCAAUUGCUAUAAGCAAAACAUUGUGUAUACUUUCUUAAUAUAUGUCAUAUUUAAUGUUAAUCAGCUUGUCUUUAUCUUUAAUUAUAUUAUAAUAUUUGACGAAGUUUGUUAUAUUAAAUAUUCAUUAAAAUU